CAUCCAGGCCAAUUGUGCACGGCAAACGUGAUAUUGCACACUGUUGGGACUGAAAUCUAGGACUCGCACUGCCAGGUACUGGCGUUCCACGUAACAUCCGCAUUGCACGACACUUAUGAGUUUCAGUGCAUUGUUGGUUAUUUCAGAGUGAAUAGACGUUGUCUGUUCCCGCCCGUUCUAGCUUUGCCAAUAGAUCUCGAUCGUGGGACAAGGAAGCUACAGAGGGCCAGGUCACUGCAGCACAGCAAUAUAUCGGAGGUUUUAAAUACUGUUGAUCACAGACACUUUCGUAGCCAAAGUUAGUGACGGUGCUAAUGUUAUCGCGCAGCCCUAUAUCAGUAACACGAAAGAGCGCUAGAUACAGAUGUAGAUAUAUGUAGAUUUGACGAACUAAACCCAGAACUUCACCAAAUCUACCGAAAAAAAAUGCAGCGGUUAAAACAAAAUCUUCAUUCCUGGAAUACAUAUGCCGUGAAGUUUGGACUCAUUUUCGUCUUGUCUCAAGUUUGGAUAUCGAAGCUUGAAGGUGCCGCCACCGUGCCGCCACUUCAGCCGACCUGUAUAUUUUCAUCAGCCACAGGUUCCACAGACUGCCAGUCAAGGGGUAUAAACAAUCUGCGUGAUAUUUUAGAGGGAGAUGUGCCUAAUGUGCCAAAAGAAACGACAAUAUUGUUACUCGGUGACAAUCCAUUUAAUGAUGUGCCAGGGUUCAUAUUUCGAAACCUCACGAACUUGACCCUGCUGUACAUGCAGUCCAACACUACCAUUCAGAGAAUCGAAGAGUUUGCUUUUGAAGGAUUAUUCAAAUUGAUAUCUUUGUCAAUUAAAUCCAGUGUAGAAAAUAUUUAUCGUAACACAUUUGUGGGUCUGAGGUCUCUCACUAAUUUGACAUUGGGUACUGUCCAAUAUAUUGCUCCUGAUGCCUUCAUCAACACACCAAGAUUGUCAAGUCUGGUACUAACUAUGAACUGCAUACCUCCAGCCAUUGCUGUGUACACAUUCCUUCAACAGAGACAUUCUCAGAGCCAUAUUAUAGACAGUAUUCAUUGUACACAAGGAGGAAGUCUAAGGCAGGCUGUUGAAGCAUUAAAUGUUAACCUAGAACUGCCCUUUAGUAAUAACUGCUACACUUGCACCAAUGUUUCCUUGGCAAAUUCAUGUUUAUCCCAAAGGUGUGCUUCAGCAUUUAGUUCUUGUAGUGAUCUUAUUGCUACCACAGGACGUGGCAUAAGCAUUACCAAGGAAUGCAUUAACCUGGAUGCUUGUAUGACAAGGACAGCAGAGAUUAACCCUGCCAGCUCUCAAAACCACUCUUGCUGUCUUGGGGAUAACUGUAAUCGUCAAGGACUGAUAGAAAUGUCAUUGGCACGCCAGACUUAUAUUGUUCACAUACUGUUCACCCAUGACAUCUCUUCAUCCUCGAGAGCCUAUUGGAAUCUGUGGACUAUAUUUCAGACCAAGUUACAAAAAGUUCUUUAUGAAGUUAUGCCCAGAAUACAUGAAGUUGAAGUUACAUCAGUUAUGCCAAGCCCUGUUGUUGGCUUCAAUGGCACUGUGUCAUAUGUUAGGAUUCGUACCACUGUCAGCAGUAUUUCAAAUGAGUCUGUCACCAGAAUGAACAUUUCUAAUGCAAUCAGUACAGCAAAGAAAAACAAUCAAUUUAUGGAUGUUGCUUUGAAUGGAAUGUAUUUUAAAGAUGGUUCUUUGGGUGUAUGUUUACAUAGUAUUGAUAGCAGCAACAAAGGAAAUUAUACUUGGCAAGACAGAUGGAUCAACUUGACAACUAUCACAAGAUCUUUAUCCUUGCCCUGCAGAUACAAUCUAGGAAAUCUUCCUGCUACUGCUGUAAGACAGUGCACAUUAGACAUACCAACAGGCAUUGUAUACUGGCUGCCACCGAACCAUGACAACUGCAUGACAACUCAAAGAAAAGUACUCCUUGAUCUGAAUGAUACAAAAGUGGACCAAGAUAAUGUUGAGGAGAUAUCAGGAUCAUUACGUAAUGCAACAUCCAGUGAAGAAUUAUCAGAGGGAGAGGUGGAAAUAGCCACAGGUCUGUUGGACCGCAUUCUAGCAUUAAAUUCAACACACGUAGCACGUGUUGCACAUGAUGUCGUGCACACCCAAAGUAAUUUGUUGGGGAGUGGCCAAGACUCUUUGCUGAAGUCAGAAACAAACAGCCAGUCAGUGAACAGGAUACUACGGGGUAUUGAUACUUUUGCUGAAAAAGUUGAUAUUUCGGGAACGAAUCUGACCAUUGUGGCCCCAAAUUUAGCAGUGUCAGUUGUCUCAGCAAAUGCAUCAGACCCAGAAUUCAGUGGUUUAGGAUUUGACUCUGUAUCGAGUGGAAGAAACACUAAUGAGAAUGUUGUUAGACUGGUGGGGUCUGAGAAUGAACCUGUCCCAGAUGUGGCUGAUGUUGGCAUACGUCUACCAAGGACAUUAUUCAUAGGACUGAAUGUCACUCAGCAAGCCAGUGCUUCCAGAGUCCACUUUGUGGUCUACCAACAAAAUACUUUUUUUAAGGUACUGGCCUCUGUUAGCAACAGUCCUGGCUCUGUGAAGACCAACACCAGUGUUUACCCAUAUGUGGACAUUAAUGGUCACAUCAUAGCAGGCAGUGUGGUCGGACUGACCGUCCAGAACCUUGCUGACCCAGUCACUAUAUCAUUCAAACAUCUGGAGAGAGAAAAAGAAACAGUCAACAACUCCCAGUGUGUAUUCUGGGACUUCUCUGCCAACAGUGGUCAAGGAGGAUGGUCAGGGCGUGGCUGUAGACUGGCAGGUGACCAGCCAGGAAACAGGACGGUAUGCCAGUGUGACCAUCUCACUAAUUUUGCUUUGCUGGUGGAUGUUUUUGGCUCGGGUUCAGCAAUUGAUCCACUAAACAGGAGAAUUCUGAUGAUUGUCACUUAUGUGGGCUGUGGUCUCAGCGUUUUGGGUCUGUUGUUGACAAUCAUCUCCUACCUGGCAUACACGAAGUUGCGCAAAGACACUCCUUCCAAGAUCUUGAUCCAGUUGUGUUUUGCUUUGCUGGGUUUAAAUGUUGUUUAUGUAACUGGAACACAAGACCUGAGGAAUCUUUUUGUGUGCAAGACUGUUGCCAUAUUGCUCCACUACUUCUUGCUGGCAACUCUGAUGUGGAUGUUGAUAGAAGCUUUCUACAUGUACUUGGCUCUGGUGAAAGUUUUCCAGACUUACUACAGGAAGCUUCUGCUCAAGUUUGCCAUAGUUGGCUGGGGUGUUCCACUGGUGAUAGUAGCAAUCACACUGGCCAUCAACAUAGACAACUACAACUACUACACAGGAUAUGAGGAGGCUUUCUGCUGGCUUACAGUUAUACCCAUGUAUGUGACUGUGAUAACCCCAGUGGCUGUGACAGUGGUCAUAAAUUUUGUGGCGUUUGGGUUAGUUUUUCAUCAGGUCCGGAGCCAUGUCCAACAGAAAAAGAUCACCAAGACCCAGAAGGCAUCCUCGGUGUCUCAAGUCCGAGGAGCCCUGGGCAUCAUGGCCUUGCUGGGGUUGACUUGGGUUUUUGCCUUCUUUACCUUCAGUGCAAAGUUCAUAGUAUUCCACUAUUUGUUUGCCAUCUUCAACUCCUUGCAAGGACUCUUUGUAUUCAUAUUCCAUUGUUUCUUGAAGCAUGAUGUUCGUAUGAUGUGGAUGAGAAGUUUGCCUUGCUGUCCAAAACCCAAAGACAGCUCCACAUUCAACUCUUCGUCAAAAGUUCCAAACCGAGUGUCAACUGAAAUGACCACAACCAGCAGCCGUAAUAACAGUUUUCACAGUAUGUCAGUGGGAGAAGUAAAUGUUAAAGUUCCGCUUAACAAUGCUUAUCAAACCAGUAAAGGCAAAAUAUAUUAGAAGAAUUUUGAUUGAGAAAUAUUAUGGAAAAUUCAGGCGUCGACAAGGGGUUUCAUUGCUGGAGGUGAACAAAGACUGCAUUGCAGGAGCUGAAUGCACUGAUAACAUGAUGAUGGUAUGGUUGCAGCAGACCACACUCUUACCUCAACUGGAAUUCAAUUACUCCAGAUUCUAUCUACUGAUAAAAAUGACUCUAAAGGGACUUUUUUUUUUUUUUUUAAUGCCAUAUAAGCCUUGGGGGCCCUAAACCCACAUGUUAGAGUUUGGAAAUAGUUAUGCUGUUAUGUUUUUUUAAAUAGGAGGAAGUACUUAAAUUGUAGAAAUGGAUCGUAGGCUUAUAAAGGAAAUAAAUUUGAGAUAAAAGACAAGUUUUGCAUGCUUGGUGGUACA